UCGACGCCGCGGUGUGUGAGCGUGGAAGUGGGUGCAGGACAAAAGAGCGUGGAGGUGGGAGGAUGAGGAGGCGGCCGGCCGCAGACUCGUACCUGCGGCCGGCCGCCGCUGCGCUUAAUGCCGGCCUGGAGGCUGCGCGCAGCGCCGCGGCACCGCCGAUCGAUGGCGGCAUUAAAUGGACUGCUGUCGAACCGGCGGAGAAUGGCAGCGAGAACCGCGAACCGACGGCGCUUCCCGCGGCUUAUUGAGUGGCCUGGGAGGCUGACACCCCAUAAUAACCAUCCGAUUUGAGUCCAGCUACACUGGUUGAACAGAGGAUUUCACUUUGUCUCGGCAUGAACCGCUCCCCCUGGACAUAAUUGGGUAAUAUUAGAAGGGCUAACACACACAAAAAAAAGAAACAAAAAAAGCAUGGGUUGAAUGUUUUACAGUAACUUCCAACAGUGCUGCUGCCAUGAGCGCCCGCUGCUGUUAUGAGGGGCAAAAAGUUUCCAUAAUACAGUUUUAUUAGACUAAAGUCAUUUUAAAGAGGUGCCGGAGAAAGUGCUGGAACCGCUGGAGUUUUCUCUACUGGCGUCUUAAGGAUGGAGUCAAGCAGGGGUGCCCCUCCCCUACCCGUUGCUGCACGCUGCUGUUCAGCUGGUUGCAAAACGAACUCCACCCAGCAGUAUUAUUCAGUUCAGCUCCCAGCAGGCUCGGGUCAGCCUGCGCUACUGAAACCACUGACGGACAGCUCUUUUUAACCAGUAGAAAGGGAAAAAAAGGAAGAGGAGGAGGAGGAGGAGAAGAAAACAGCCGUCAUACUGGGCAACAUCAGUACUGUCAUCAUGACCAGAUUUAAUAAGUGAGAAACCUACUUUCAGCUGCCAAGAUGCCAGAGCUGAACUGCUCCCUCGCUGCUCUGGUCAUGACUGAUGCCGCAGUCGUCAGUGACAGGGGAUGUCCAGAGAUUGCUGUGAUGUGUGGGAUGAAUGUCUCCUGGCUUUUGGCCAUUGCCACUGAAAAAGAUCUGAAGGAAUUGUGCUUGAGCGAGAAGGAUUACCUUACCCUGCAAUUGGGGCCAACAAAGUCCCCCAGGUUUCUUCCUGUGUGUAUCGGCUACCUUGUUAUUUUCAUGGUGGGUGUCCUGGGAAAUUCCCUGACCUGUACCGUGAUUUUGCGCUACAAGGUGAUGCAGACACCCACCAACUAUUACCUGCUCAGCCUGGCCAUCUCUGACCUGCUGGUGCUGCUGCUGGGCAUGCCAUUAGAGCUCUACGAGAUGCAACAGAACUACCCCUUCCUGCUCGGGGAAGGGGGCUGCUACUUCAAAGUCUUCCUGUUUGAGACUGUCUGCUUUGCCUCCAUCCUCAAUGUCACAGCCCUCAGUGUGGAACGCUACGUAGCCGUGGUGCAUCCCCUUAAAGUCAAGUACUUGGCAACACGUGCCCAUGUCAAGAGGGUCAUCUUGGUGCUGUGGGGGCUGUCCAUGCUGUGUGCUGUGCCAAACACCAGUCUGCACGGGAUAGUGCUGCUUCCUCCGCGGUUUGGACGAGAGUUCCCCCAGUCUGCUACAUGUAGUCUGGUCAAGCCUACCUGGAUGUACAACAUGAUUAUCCUGAUCUCCACACUGGCCUUCUUUGCCGUCCCUUUGUUGAUCAUUAGCAUUCUUUACCUGAUCAUCGGCCUGCGGCUGCACAGAGAGAAGGUCAGGAACAUGGAGGCGGCCAAUGGCAGCUUUGGACCUGGCUCUCUGUCCAAUUCCCACACGCAGAGGUUGAGCAAACGCAACCUGCAAGUCACCAAGAUGCUCUGCGUGCUGGUUGUCGUCUUUAGCCUCUGCUGGGCUCCCUUCCACGUGGACCGCUUGAUGUGGAGCUACAUGGACAGGGAGUCCGUGCAGCACCAGGUGAUCUUUGAAACCGUCCACAUCAUCUCCGGCGUCUGCUUCUACCUGAGUUCUGCCGUCAACCCCAUCCUCUACAACCUGAUGUCGACGCGGUUCAGGGAGCGGUUCGGUCACAUCACGUGCCACUCCAAGGCCUGUCCGGCGCGUUCACACUUCAAGAUGAAUCAGCGCAGCACCUUGAGCGAGGAAGUGCAGAACAGCAAGAAAUGGACUUAGUGACCUCUGGGGAAGUUCAUGAAAAAGUUGUCAGAAAUAAAUUGGCAAAGGCAAAAAAACGGGGGGGAAAAAGCAGUGGGGUGUAAUUGGAGUCACAGGGUUCAUUUAUAUGGUAAUUUAAUGAGCACCGAAAUCCUCUGGAGAAUUCUGGGCUGACCACCAACGUUAUCAAGGCUACAAAUGAGGGAAUAUCUUUUGGAGGGAUGGUUUCUCACCGCACAGACACGGAUUCUCAGAAAAAUUCUAUUGUAUGCAUCAAAGCUACUCUAUAUAGGCACAACACCUAGCACAACUCUCCACACUGCUUUGUGCUUAUAAUUCUACAUUUAUUGCUUAUCAUUAUGGUCGAAAAACACUCAAAAGUCGAACAGGGAAGAUUUUCUUGUGACCAAAACCCUUGUGAAAGGAGAGAGACACAUUUCAGAGGUUGAAAUGACGGGGUUGUAAAAAAAAAUGAGACUUGAAUCAUUUCCGAACUUUUCCCACAUUCAAUGUGAGUUUUAACUGCAAACGCAAAAAAAGUCAACUGAAACAAAGAAGUGUGUACAGCCUUAAACUAACCCAUUUAUGAAGCUCCUUUUGACUCUGUCUGGUCUCUCAGCGUCCCACAUCUUUACUUGGUUCUGUUACACACUACCCUGUGAAAGGUCCUCCAAAACUUCUCUGAUUUUCUGUCAGAUGCAGUUCUGAACUCCCUCUGGGCCAUCUAACAACAUUUAUUUUCCUCUCAUGCACGAAUUCUUCUGUAGCUUUGGACUCACUGCCAUGCUGAAAAAGGAAGUCCUCCUUCAUGUUCAGCUCUGUAGCAGACACCUGCAGUGUUUCGGCCAAAAUCAAACUUGUAUUUGGAACUAGUAUUCAGAACUUCACCUAUGGUCUGGCAUAGAUGAAGUUAGCUCCAUCCGCUAAACCUCAGUUCCAUCCGGACAAAUAUAACCCAGGGCAGGAUGCUGCUAUGAUCAUCUUCUGGUGAUCUUUUGGUGAUGUACAGAGUUGCUUUUGUGCCAAAUGUCUCAUUUGGAAUUAUCACCCAAAUGUUCCAGUUUGGUUACAGACCAUAAAACAUUCUCCCACAAGGUUUGGGGCAAAAUCCGUCUUGCAACCCUACUCCUGAGUCCAGACAUAGCACAAGAGAUAAGCAUAGGACAUUGCUGUCACACCUAGAACACAACCAGGACUUGUGGGGAAAUCCUGCAGCUCCAUCAGUGUUGCCUCUCAGCAACCAGUUUCAGCCUCUUCAUUUCAGCAGUUUUUGGUGAAACGAACAGUUUUUCAAACUAUAUGUGUAAAUCUUUCAAAAAUGAUUUAUCAGUCUCUUCUUUGCCGUUGCAAACAUCAGAGAGAUCCUACCUUAGCCUAAAACGUCCUGCCUAGGAGUCUCAGCUUCAGUGGUUCAGAUGCUGCUGAGGGCGACUCUGAGGAAGGAGACGGCAGAAAUAUGGAUCUUAGUGGGAGGUCUAGGUGUGACGCUGUCUUUUAAGAGCUGUGAUUGGUUGAUAGUAAAAGAAAAAAGUUAAAGCAGCGCACCUGUCCUGUCAUCUCUGGGAGGAGGAGGAGUGUUGAAAGAUAAAUUGGUCCCUGGAUCACGGUGCAAAUAGGCGGACAUUGAAGCGUUUACCGCAGAUCAAUGCGGCUUUUUCUCUGAGCGUCUUGGUGCUUUCUUAUUUAUCCUCAAUAAAAUUACGUUAGGUAGACCUGCCUUUAACCCGGGCUGCUGAAACUAAUUAAUUGAUUAAAAAA